AUGGUAACCAAUCAUGUUGAGCAAGGUAGUUCUAGUUCUAACUUUAGUUCUAGUUCAUGGUUAAGUCAUUUAAAUAACUUACGAAAUUUGGUUGAGGAUACAAAUUAUGAUAUAAUAAGAAAAAAAAAAGAAAAGCUUGAAUAUUACAAACAAAAAUUUGGUGUUGUGUUAGUUUUGUAUGAACAGGAGAUAGAUAACUAUAAUUUUAUAAAUAAUUUUAAUACUUUGGUGGCACUGUUUGUAAAUGAAAUAAAUAAAUGUAAAGAAAUAUUACGAGCUCGCCACCAACAAAAUACUUGGACAUUGAAUGAGAAACUUGCAUUUUGGUUGUGCGAUAGAUUUUUAUCGGAUAGAGCAGGAAAACACAUAUUUAGAGCUUCAAAAGGUAAUACUUCAAAGUUAGCUAAUAUUGUUCAUUUAGAUCUAAAGCCUGAAAAUAUUUUGAUUUUAAAGGAUAAAUAUAAAAUCGGAGACUUUGGAUUAGCAUUGGAGUUGUCUACUGAUACUGAAGAUCCUGGAUUACAUAUAGGAAAUAGAAAAUAUAUCGCUCUGAAAGUCUUGGAAGAUAAUAUCUUUAGUAAAUCCGCUGAUAUUUUUAGUUUUGGAACCAUAAUUUUACAAAGUAUUGGUGACAGAGAUCUUCCAACUCGAGGGAAACAUUGGUUGGAAUCACAUUAUGGAAACUUGACACAAUUUUCAUCUAAGGAUUCGCAAGACUUAAUUAUUUUGGUAAAAAACUUGAUUCAAAAAAAAAUUUAA